UAUACCGAAGGUUUCCACCCCCCACUACCCCUAAAUUGCGGAGAAACGCAGUCCAAGUAGUCUUUCCCGGAAAUGACGCUAGACCCGCUACUGAGGAAGUGACAACAGGAGUGCCCUUGACGGGCAGGCCGGCUGGGUUCUGCACCCCUCCACUUGUGCUGCCGGGAGAUGGCUCAGCGCCUUCUCCUGAGGAGGUUCCUGACCUCAGUCAUCUCCAGGAAGCCCCCUCAGGGAGGGUGGGCUUCCCUCGCCUCUAGGACUCUGCAGACCCCUCAGUAUAGUGCCGGUGGUCUGACAGGAACGCCCAGCCCAGCCCGGGCGGUACACACCACCAGAGUCUGUUCAACAACCUUUAACGUCCAGGAUGGACCUGACUUUCAAGACAGAGUUGUCAACAGUGAGACGCCAGUUGUUGUGGACUUCCAUGCGCAGUGGUGUGGCCCCUGCAAGAUCCUAGGUUCGCGGUUAGAGAAGAUGGUGGCCAAACAGCAUGGGAAGGUGGUGAUGGCCAAAGUGGACAUUGACGACCACACAGACCUUGCCAUUGAGUAUGAGGUGUCAGCCGUGCCCACUGUGCUGGCCAUUAAGAAUGGGGACGUGGUGGACAAGUUUGUCGGCAUCAAGGAUGAAGACCAGCUGGAAGCCUUCCUGAAGAAGUUGAUUGGCUAACAAGAGC